CCUGCAUGGGCUGCGGCAGCAUCCACUACUGCUCCGUUGACUGCCAGAAGCAAGACUGGCCAGUGCACAAAAUCCUCUGCAAGACGUUUAAGAACUUCCCAACACCCCUAGACCCGAAGACCUUCCGCGCUAUAAACUUUCCCUAGUACGCCGCUAGUCCUCGGUUCGCCUGGGUUCGCAUCCUUGAGUAUGACACUUCUUCGCCUCUCCGCCUUCAAUUCCACAUGGACAUCACAGACUUGCAUAUAUCGGCCGGCUACAACCUCCAGGCUUUCGAGCGUUAUAUCGUGGAUAAUCGGACCCUCAAUCGACGUGUGCCCACUAUCUUCCAAAUUGGGUGCAUCGGCAGGGACGGAAAGGUCAUGGGGGCUCCCAAUUGCAGCGUCAAGAAAGUCGACGAGGAACUCGCUCGCCUAAUCCAAGGCUCUCUCAUCUUCUGCGCGGGCGACAGGCAUCUCGAUAUGACCGACUUCCGAAACAUUGUGGACCACCUUCGCUGGUCGUACUACAUUCAGUUCGAUAUCAAUGGUAUAGUCGAAGCUCCAACGGUGGAAGGCGUCAAAGUCAGCUGUUACGGGGACAGUGUGUUCUGCCAUCGGCCGGCAUAUGAGCCCUUCGAGGUCUCCGUCAAGGACUUAGAAGACUCUACGCCUCUCAUGACAGUGCCCGUCACCGACGUGAUUGGAAUUCCCAUGGCUGUCGCGCCGUCACCCCUCGCACUGCCCUGGCGAGGUAGGCAUAGCAUACACUAUGAUCACGCCGCACACAACCUCCGCUUCAGCCUCCUCAACCCCAAUUUCAUAGGCGGCUGUGUAGGCACUCCUGUGCUAGCUCGAAAGGAUCGGAAACCACUCCACGUCGCGCAUGUCCAUGCCCUCGUCGGCUACUGCCAGAUGGUGGGUGCCAGACUCCACACUGAGACCGUUCCGCAGAAUGCUGCUGUGUACAAGACACGGGCGCAACAUCUGCUGACGCACGCUUCGAGGGAUGACUUCGCAGAAUUCUACCGGCAGUGGUUAGGAAAGGAGCAAAAUCGCCAAUAUCGAGGCGUCCUCUCGCCAUACGAGAUCUAGUACGAUUCCCAUGGCCGUAUAUAGUUGAUUGCUUACAAGUACGUAGGACUUCGUGAGCCACGCCGGGGUAUGGUCUGCGGGCCUGACGGAUUAUAGGGACAGGCGGUAGAUCCGCGCAUUGCGAAUUCGUCUU